AAAGUUUUUCUAAUUACGCUUCAAAGGCUGUUGCUGCGCAUGCGUGAGUGGGCGGCUCUAGUGACGUAUUUCCUGAGGCUGAAUAAGCGAGAGAGGCGGAAGAGACAGCCAGUGACCAUGGCGUGUGUGCUCAGUGGUCCCACCGCCGUGUGUGAUGUCAUUACAGAGCUAGAUACUCAGCUAGCUCUACUAGGCCCUGGGCCCCAUACCCCAAAGCAGCACGCAGACGUAACCCGAUUGGGUGAGCUGCGUGGGAAAGCACUUCAGAUUAUGAAUCAAUUUGGAGCAUCCACGCUGAUCAACCUGUCCAGCUUCUCUUCCUCCACACCUGCUAUGGCUACUGUGAAACAGGAGCCAGCUAUGGUAAACAAUGCUGUGGGGGUCAAAACUCCAGGAUCUACAACAGGAGGGGGACGUGUGAGCCCAGAUGCUAACCAGGUUCUAACAAAGAAGAAGCUUCAUGAUUUAGUCAGAGAGGUGGAUCCUAAUGAACAGCUAGACGAGGAUGUGGAAGAGAUGCUUUUGCAGAUAGCUGAUGAUUUUAUAGAGAGUGUGGUAUCUGCAGCCUGUCAGUUGGCACGACACCGCAAAUCUAACACACUGGAAGUAAAAGAUGUACAGCUUCAUUUGGAGCGACAGUGGAACAUGUGGAUCCCUGGAUUUGGAUCAGAAGAAAUCAGGCCCUAUAAAAAGGCCUGCACAACAGAGGCACACAAACAGAGAAUGGCUUUGAUCAAGAAGACACAAAAGAAGUAAACCCCCUCCAGACACACUGCUCCUCAAAUCCUUAAUCUCCUCCAAUCUUCCUUACUCCUUCAAGCACUGGCAGAUGAGUACGGAGACCACCUCUUCCGGAACAAGCCUAAGUUUGUGAAGAUAACAUUUUCAGUAUAUUGGGUUUUGAUUCCCAACACCUUGGUAUUGCAGGCCCCGCUGGCAGGGAAGGGGUUAAACCACCCUCUACUUUUUUUUUUUUUGUUUUUUGUAUAUAUACAGAGGGUUUGUUUGUUAAUUAAAGGUUGUUAUGGUAAUUAAAAAAA